UUUGGGGCUGGGGCAUGAGGCCCUUUGGGAGGGUUGGGGAAGGGGCCGGUCCGGUGGGGGGGACCGGGGCUGACGGCAGUGUCCGGGUGGCGCCGCAGGAGUCGGGGGACGACGAGUACAAGGGCGACCAGUCGGACAGCGACGAUGAGGUGGACUCGGACUUCGACAUCGACGAGGGCGAGGAGCCGGCCAGCGACCAGGAGGACGGCGAGCCCAAGCGCAAGCGCCGUGUGGUUACCAAGGCCUACAAGGAGCCCCUCAAGAGCCUGAGACCCAAGAAGGCCGAUGCCCCCAGCGGCAGCUCACAGAAGGCCCGAGAGGAGAAGGCGGUGCCCCUGGAGCUGCAGGAUGACACUGGGGACAGCCGCAAGCACAUGCGCCAGUCGACCACAGAGCACACCCGCCAGACCUUCUUGCGCCUUCAGGAGCGUCAGGUGCAGUCCAAGCGCAAGAAGGGCGGCCCCAACUAUGACCGUCCCCUGACACAGGAGGAGCUGCUGGAGGAGGCCAAGAUCACAGAGGAGAUCAACCUGCGCUCCCUAGAGAACUACGAGCGCCUGGAAGCCGACAAGAAGAAGCAGGUGCAGAAGAAGCGCAAGUGCGUGGGGCCAUUGAUCCGGUACCACUCGGUGACCAUGCCCCUUAUCACCGACCUGGGCGUCAAGGAGGAGAACGUGGAUGUGGAGGGGUUGGAUCAAGAUCUCCACCAGCCCUCAGAGGCAGCGCCGGCACCAGCUGUGGCCCCCAUCGCUGGGAAGUGCUCACGCACCUUCAUCACCUUCAGCGACGAUGAGACCUUCGAGCAGCUCUUUCCCAAGGGGCGCCAGCCCCGGCUGCCCGUGCGUGAGAUCUGCCCUGUGACCCAUAAGCCGGCCGUGUAUCGCGACCCUGUCACUGACAUCCCCUACUCCAACAUCAGGGCCUUCAAAAUCAUCCGCGAGGCCUACAAGAAGUACAUCACUGCUCAUGGGCUGCCCAAUGCUGCUGCCACCGCUGCCCUGGGAGCUGGGCCUCCUGGGGCUGACCCUGGCAUCCGCGCCACCCGCCAGAAGAUCAUUAUCAAGCAGACGGUCCCGGCUACAUAGAGCCCUUGUGGGCAGGUGGGGGGCUCCUGUGUUCAGGGGGAAGGGGAGGAAGCUUUGUCUUUGUUUCUCAGGCCCGUGGGACUGAAUCAGCUGCUAUUGCUGUUAUUUUUGGGGGUGAGGCAGACUGACCUCUCCAAGGGACAUGGACCUAUGUUGGAAGCCUCCAUAUGGCUCCGUGUCCUCUUCCUUCCUUUGCCUUUGUCAGGCUCAGGUGGGGGCCGCUGGUUGCUCUUUGUUUUUUUAUUUAUUUUUGUAUAAUAAAUGCAAAGCCAGGUGGCAACCCUA